UUAUUCUUUUUUUAACUGGAUUCAAGUCAACUUUUAGGAAGCUGGAACAAAGGAAUAAUUUUUGAUUCUUCUUCAGCUGCAGACAAGCUGUUCCUCCUCAGCUUUAUUUCUUGAGUGUGAUAAAAUGCCUCUUAACAUUGAAUGGAAUUGAAGUUACCUAUCCAGGUGGCUAUUAAAUGUAUAGUGUAGGUGUAUGUUAGCCCACGAGAGGAAAAACCGUAGGUAGAUCCCCCAAAAACUGUCCUGACUGAAAGCAUGAACUUUCCUUUUUUUAAUGCAUUUAAUAUCUUCUGUGUUAAGUGAGACUUAAAGCCUUACAAGUUCAAGUUCUUUAUGAGGUUAAAGGGAUUCUGAGCUACUGAAACACAGGAGAGGUGACGACUGCUUUUUUCUUUAAGCUGGAAGCAAGCACAUUUGUGCCACAAACAUUUCUACGGCAGGCAGCUGUGUGUUUUUGAAUAGGGGUGUCUCCAUGUGUACAUGGAAGAGGAUAGAGUGCAGAGUGUACAACCCACAUUCUUAUGCAAUGGAAAAAGGACUAAAAUGAACUGAAGAAGUUCUAUGCACCCUUCACAGAUUGUCAGAGACUGCUUUUCAUUCCUAAUUUGGUUUUGUUUGGGGUUUUUUGUUUGUUUGUUUUUUAAUUUUAGUAUUCUGGUAGUUACAAUGACGAAUUCAUAUCCUAAAGCAACCAGAGACAGUCUCUGCUCUGGCAUAAGGUUUGCAGUGAUAAUAUUGCACAUAGCGUAACAAUACAGACACUGACAUUUUGCUCAGUGUGUUACACAAACAGGGCAGUCCAUGGAAAGUCAGCUUUCAUCUCCUAAUCUAAUUUAAAUUAAUCUAAUUGCAUUAAUCACAUUAAAACCGUGACAUAUAUUUGUAUGUAUACAUGUAUCUCUCUAUAUACAUACAUAUAUAUAUGUAACUAGAUAGAUUUUUUUUUUUUCCUUAAAAAAAGGCUACAGCCUUUCUGAACCUUUAGUAACUGGUAAAUAAACAUACAGCAGACCUCAGCUAGGCUUACCAUUUAAAGUAGCACAGGCACUGUUUGAAUGUCGGAAGUGAAUCUCUGAACUUUGGCAAAUAUUCUUUAAAUAUGUAAGAUCCUAAAUCGCUAACAGACUCUGCCUGCUCACAGAGAAGUGCACUUGUGUUGAUAUUUAAGAUAAAAUCAUCAACAUCACUUCUGAGAUGAGUUAAGGAUUCUGUAUCUCUUUGCAACAUCCAGUCACAGAAUAGGUCUGCGGAAAGUGCUAAGCUUGCAGGAGGAAUGCAACAAUCCAGUUUUUGGCGGGUGAAGGAAGGAAGGAAGUGACUUUUUAAAAUAUAUAUUUAAUUUUAAAAUCUCUGUGUACUUACAAAGCUUUAAGGUGAAUGUUGAAUGUCUGCUUUUUCCCCCUGAGAAAUCCAGUGCUGUGGCUAUCUAUGGCAACUGAUUGGCUUGAGGGUCUGGUGUGGUUAUUUCAUCUAGUGUGGUGCUGUAUUUUUCUGGCAUAUACUGCAAGACUAUUUCCACUUGCAGUGCCAAUUAACUUGCAUACUUUCAAAAACGAGUCUGGCAGUUGGAAGAGAGCUCUUGUCCAGAUUGUCUCCUUUUGCUCACAUUAAAUAAUCCCUCAUGCUCAGCACUGCAGAAUUACGAGUUGGUGUUCCCUUGAAGCUGACUGUUCAUGAAGUUACCAGUGUGCCUCUUACCCAGGCUUUUGCAAAUUGGUAAACGUAAAAAGUUACAGUUUCUUAGUUUGAGCCGCUACUGUUUGAGGCUUGUUUUUGUUUGAACAACAUUGAGAUUAAUAAAAAGUAUAUCUAAUUCUCACCUGAAGUUGGGGCUCACUUUUCAGGUAUCAUUCAGUCAUCUGCGUGGAGCUUCCUGCUAGCAGCCAGAGUCUCUAACCCAUUACACUUCAGCUUACCUGCUUAUCAGCACAAGAGCAUGGGUGUAGUUCUUUAUGUUUUGGUCUGUGGAGCAUUGCCUUUUGAUGGACCAACACUCCCCAUACUAAGGCAACGAGUUCUUGAAGGAAGGUUCAGGAUCCCUUAUUUUAUGUCAGAAGAGUGUGAACAUCUGAUUAGAAGAAUGUUGGUCCUAGACCCAUCCAAACGGUUAACUAUUGCUCAGAUUAAGGAGCACAAGUGGAUGCUUAUAGAAGUUCCUGCACAGAGACCUAUUCUUUAUCCGCCAGGAGAGGAGAAUGAGCCUUCCAUUGGAGAGUAUAAUGAGCAGGUCUUACGGCUAAUGCAUAGCCUUGGAAUAGACCAACAGAAAACUAUUGAGUCUCUGCAGAACAAGAGUUAUAACCACUUUGCUGCUAUCUAUUACUUGUUAGUGGAAAGACUCAAAUCACAUCGGAGUAGCUUCCCUGUGGAACAGAGACUUGAUGCUCGUCAGCGUCGGCCAAGCACCAUCGCUGAGCAGACAGUAGCCAAGGCACAAGCUGUGGUACCCUCAGUUAACUUGCAUUCACAAAAUGCAAGGUUGUUGCAGUCUCCAGGUCUUCCCUCAGCUUCAGGAGCAGAAGCCUUUUCAUUCCCUCCCUCCAGCUGCCAGGGAGAGACAGCAUUUAUGGAGGAAGAAAGAGUUGACACACCAAAGGUAAAUGGCUGCCUGCUAGAUCCUGUACCUCCCAUGGCAAUUAGGAAAGGAUGUCAAUCACUGCCUACCAGCAUGAUGGAAACUUCUAUUGAUGAAGGAAUAGAGACAGAAGGAGAGUCAGAAGAUGACCCUGCACAGGCAUUUGCAGCCCUCCAAGCAGCUCGCUGUGGGAAACGACGUCACACUCUGGCAGAAGUUACCAAUCAGCUGAUGAUGAUGCCAGGGAAAGUCUACUCAUUGGAUGAAAACUCAUCUCUGGGCAGUAUUGAUUCAGAGUAUGACAUGGGAUCCAUUCAGAGAGACAUUAAAUUCCUGGAAGACACCCCUUCCUUGAAAGAAAUGGUGCUAACUAACCAACAGGCACCCAGAAUGACAACACCUUUCAUAGGUCUGAGACCUGCCAAUCCAGCCAUGCAAGCACUCACCUCCCAAAAGCGCGAGACCCACAACCGCUCUCCUGUCAGUUUCCGAGAGGGGCGCAGAGCUUCUGACACAUCCCUCACACAAGGAAUUGUAGCAUUUAGACAGCACCUCCAGAAUCUGGCACGAACCAAAGGAAUCCUGGAACUGAACAAAGUCCAGUUGCUGUAUGAACAGAUGGGAUCAGAAGAAGAACCUUCUCUGACAUCAACUGCCAACCAGUUGCAGGACCUCAUUAAUAGUCCUCCACAGGAGGAAGCAUCUCAGCAGCAGCAGGAAGCUGCAUCUGCUUUCCCUAAUGGUGCACAUCCCCCAUUAUUAUCCAGACGGCAGAGCUUAGAAACACAGUACUUACAACACAGGCUCCAGAAACCCACUCUACUAUCAAAAGCUCAGAAUACUUGCCAGCUAUACUGCAAAGAAUUGCCCCGGAGUCUGGAACAGCAGUUACAGGAGCACAGGCUGCAUCAGAAGCGACUCUUUCUCCAGAAGCAAUCCCAGCUGCAGGCAUAUUUUAACCAGAUGCAAAUAGCUGAGAGCUCAUAUCCAAGGUCAAGUCAACUGCCACUUGCAUGCCAAGAGGAGCAACAACAACAGCAGCAAUCAACCCCAUUCAGCUUGCAGCAGCCCCUGAGCCCUGUGAUGGAGCCUUCCUCAGAACAAAUGCAAUAUGACCCCUUCCUCAGUCAGUACCAGAAGGUACAGCUGGAUCCACUGCCACCCUCCCAGAUCACCAGCUCAUCACGGCUGUCAUCACCAGUUCAGGUGCAGCAGCCACCACAGUCCUUACAAUAUUCCUAUCAGACUUGUGAAUUGCCUGUUGUCACCUCCUCUGAGCCAGACUACCCAGACCAGUGCCAGUAUUCCAUGGACCCAGCACAACAGAGCAGUGUAGCAUUGCCUGACAGCCAGAGCAGCUCAGCAUCUCAUGAGUCCCAGUCAAACUAUGAUGCAUUAACCCUCUCAGAAUUGCCUGGACUCUUUGAUUGUGAAAUGAUGGAGACUGUAGAUCCCCAGCACAGUGGCUAUGUCCUGGUGAAUUAAUACUAUGAGGUGACUAACAUAACAGUGGGAGACAGGACAAAUGGAGAAGCAUGUGAAUUUUUGGUUUUUGUUCCCUACCCCAAAGUUCAUGGCAAUUUUUCAACCCUUGAAUUAACAGGGGAACUAAAAAUCCACCCGACUGGAAAAAAAGCAGGAGGUGGUAAGAAGUGUUUGGCUACUAGCUCCCCUUGCUGGUGGCAGGGGCUAGAAAACAGAUAGUGCCAUUUCAUCCCAUAAAGAACUAGUUUGCAUAGAAGGAGGCAAAAAAAGGUGAAUUUUAGAGGAAGGAAAUACCCCCUUCUAAAAAAAAAAAAAAGGGGGGGGGGAAGUUUGUCAGCAUUCCUCUAACAUUCACUCGGAGAAACAAGAACAAGUGCAUGUUGUAUUGUACUUCUUGGCAAUAAAAGCAAUAGUUUUCAUUGAAAUUCAGGGUAGAGUCGGGUCUGCGCUGAUGGCAACUGUAAUACUCCUGAAACAGUAAUGUGAGGUGGAAUUAAGGAAAGUUGCACUUUGGCAUCCGAUUGCUGGUUAAGCUACUGAUCUGGAACUACUCCAUGGAAGUCUCCAAGAUCACCAGGCAACUCAGGCAGCCUCCACUUCCUCCUGCUAGCAAGUAAACAGUAUUUCCCAAGCCUGCCAAGGAACUCUUAAUUAUCUGCUAAGGGAAGCUUCUGGAUCUCUGCUAAGUGACAUCUUUACUUUGUUAAAAGAUACCUGGAACUGACACAGGGCACCACAGUGGUUUGGAGAGACCUCUGGGUGGGGAUCAGAAUACUAAAGGAGAAAGGAUUAGCUGACAGAGAGAGAAGGUAAGAAGUACCAUGAGAAAAAUAAAGAGCUGCAGCCAAUGGCAUUAAAAAAAAAAAAAAUCCACCUAGGUGGCUUUUGAAAACAACCCUUUUGCAGGCAGGCCUUUGUGGAAGGCUCUGUCUUGGAGAAGUUCCGAUCAUUGGAAAGGAUCCAUCUGUCCUUCUGUUGCAUUUUAAAAACAAGCAAACAAACUGUGUUUUGAAUUUGCAGUAUGUGUUGCUGGUGGUUUAUUAAGCUUUGUAUAUUUGGACAAUUAUUUAGGGGUUUAGAACUUAAGGAUAAAAACAAUGAGCUUAAAAAAAAAAA